AUGGAAAGCACAACCCCUUCUUCAUCAAUUAAUUCACCACGUAACGGUGCCACCACUACAAAAAACAACAACAAACAACGAUUUUCACUACCAACCAAAAAAUCUUCGCUACUAGAUUUCACUCCUGCAUCGGAAUUACUAACACCAAGAACUCUCAUUGUUGGUUACCUAAAUUCUUCAUCUAAAUCUACAAAAUCAUUCUCUAAUCCUAAAAUACAAGAACACGUAGAACAAAAUAUUGCUAGGAUAAAGGAGGGAUUAUCCUCUAUUGAGAGUAGUCACAAUACAGUGAGAAAAUUAUUGGAUGAUGAAUUAAAAGGAAGUCAAACAUUACAACAAGAAAUUGGUCAAAUCAGAGACAGAUUUGAUGAGACAAAGGAUGAAAUUCAAAAAAUGGAUAGUAUGCUUAUCAGGGAAAUGAAAGAAUCAAACUCUGAUAUUCUCAGCACUACCUCAACACAAGUUGUGCCAAAAAUGGAAGAGAAAAGCUUUCAGGAAAAACCAGAUACCACUGAAAAAAUCAAAGAAAUUUUGGAUGAAUGGCUCGAACAAAAUCUAAGUAAGCAAAACAGAGAACCAAGAACUGACGGAAUAGGUUUUUGCCAAAUUUUUGUUUGGGUUUUACUUUUUGUAUUACUUAUCAUGUCAUUGUUACAUAUCUUUGGGUUUUCAGAACCUCUCAUUGCCAAGAUUGCUAAUUGGAACCCAACUUACUAA